CCGGCCGGCCGGCAGCCCCGGCGGAUCUGGGAGUGCGGAGUGCGGCUGCUGAGGCAGCCCGGACUUGCGGCGGCUGCGGGCCGAGUCCGGUAGAGAGGACGCUAAUGAGUCCGCUCCCGACUGGGGCUCAACCUCGUCGUGCGGCUCCUGGCGGCGUGUGACCCGGCCGGCCGCUGUAAGUGUUUGGGGGGCCGAGGUCCUGCACCGCCCUCUCUGCGGCUGCGAAGAGGCUUUCCGCCUCGGUCGUAAUGAAGACCACAGAGUUUUCCUCGGAAGCAGUAUCUCUGCUGAAAGGCGCUAGUAGGAGGCCCCCGUUAGUGAUAGCCGGGACCAGAGGCAGAGCUGCCGCAGUCGCUUUGCAGUGCCUCUAGGACUUCGAGGGCCCGCAGCCAGGGUUCCUGAAUAGUACCCCGAUUUCCUCCCAUCUGGAACACAGUUCAUGUCCCUUUCUCUAACUUUGAUGUAAAAUAGAAAGGGGACCUUGGGAAGUCACCUUGCCUGUUCAGCCAUGAAGGCAGAGUCUGUGCCCCGGUUCCAGCAGACCCCAGUUGAGUCCAGCUCUAGCUUCAGUAAUCUCUUGAGUAGCUGGAAGCUGAUGGCUAUGGGGCUCUUGCUUGGCUGGCUCCUGGUUAUCCAUCUUCUGAUCAAUGUAUGGCUUCUGUGCCUUCUGUCUGCAUUGCUACUGGUGCUAGGGGGGUGGCUGGGUUCCAGUGCCAUUGAGGGGGCUUCAGGUCGCCUGCACCUGGAGCGCUUCAUCUCAGUGUCCCCCUGCCGUCCAUGCCCUGACGCGGAAAGGCAGCUGGAGCAGGAGAUCAACUGCACCAUCAAGAUGAUUAUUCGGGAUUUUGUGUUAUCCUGGUAUCGUUCUGUAAGCCAGGAGCCAGCCUUCGAGAAAGAGCUGGAGGCAGCUAUGAAAGGGUUGGUCCAGGAGCUUCGGAGGAGGAUGAGCAUGGUAGAUAGUCAAGCUGUUGCCCAGAGUGUUCUGACUCUUUGUGGUUGUCACCUGCAAAGCUACAUUCAGGCAAAGGAGGCCACUGUAGGAAAGCAAAGUGGUCCAGUGGAGCCAUCCCAACUCUGGGAGGCUUACUGCCGGGCCACUGCCCCACAUCCAGCUGUGCACAGCCCCAGGGCUGAAGUCAACUACACACGUGGCAUUGUGAAUCUGUUACUGCAGGAGCUAGUGCCCAAGCCCCACUUGGAGACUCGGACUGGACGUCACGUAGUGGUUGAACUAAUUACUUGCAAUGUUAUCUUACCACUGAUCAGCAGGCUGUCAGAUCCUGACUGGAUCCACCUUAUAGUCGUAGGUAUCCUUUCCAAGGCCAGAAGUCCAGCACAAGUGGUUAGGCCGCUCUGCCCACCCAGUGCCCUGGAACAGCCCUCAGUGCCCACAUCUCUGCCACUGAUUGCUGAGGUGGAACAUCUGCAGGGAGGGAGAUCCCCUUCCCCAGUAGCAGCCCCAGUGUACCUAAGCUGCAGUGAGCCAGAGGGGCCUUCAGGCCACUCCCCAGAGAUUGAAGAAGGCCAUGAAGCUGUAGAAGGAGAUGUGGGUGGAAUAUCUGAAGAAAGAAAAGUAGGAAACAAUUCAUCUCAUUUCCUACAGCCAGAUAUUCGAGGCCCCUUGUUCUUAUGUGAAGACUCAGAGCUGGAGUCUCCACUCUCUGAACUGAGCAAAGAAACCAUCAUGCUCAUGACUCCAGGCAACUUCCUCUCUGACAGGAUUCAGGAUGCCCUGUGUGCCCUCGAGGGUUCCCAGGCUCUGGAGCCCAAGGAUGGUGAGGGAUCUGAAGUCAAUGAAGGAGCAGAAGCUGAAGAGGGGCCAAGGACAGAGACAGGCCUGCUGGUCUCCAUGCUGCACUCCUGCCCAGAGAUCCAGAUUGACACAGUGGACAAGGAAGCAGAGGAAGGUGGCGGCACCUCUCUUGCAGCGUUGCUGGAGGAGCCGGAAAAGACCUGCCCCCCACGACCCUCAUGCCUAGAGAAGGAUCUCACCAGUGAUGUGAGCACCCUCGACCCUAGUCUGCCACCGGUUCUGCUUCCCUCCUCUCCACCUGGGCCUCUUAGUUCAUCCACCUUCAGCUUUGAGCCUCUGAGCAGUCCAGAUGGCCCAAUUGUCAUACAGAACCUUCGAAUCACUGGCACCAUUACUGCCCGAGAGCACAGUGGCACUGGAUUCCACCCAUACACACUCUACACUGUGAAGUACGAGACAGCCCUCGAUGGUGAGAACAGCAGUGGUCUGCAGCAGCUGGCCUACCACACCGUGAAUCGCCGCUACCGCGAGUUCCUAAAUCUGCAGACCCGUCUGGAGGAGAAGCCGGAUCUGCGAAAGUUCAUCAAAAAUGUGAAGGGUCCUAAAAAGCUCUUCCCAGAUCUUCCAUUUGGAAACAUGGAUAGCGACAGAGUAGAAGCCCGUAAGAGUCUCCUGGAAUCAUUCUUAAAGCAACUCUGUGCCAUUCCUGAGAUCGCUAACAGUGAGGAGGUACAGGAGUUCCUUGCUCUGAACACUGAUGCUCGGAUUGCCUUUGUCAAGAAACCAUUCAUGGUCUCUAGAAUAGACAAGAUAGUGGUGAGUGCCAUAGUGGACACCUUGAAGACAGCAUUUCCUCGCUCUGAACCACAGAGCCCGACCGAGGACCUGAGUGAGGCUGAGACGGAAAGCAAGCCCCAGACAGAAGGCAAAAAGGGCAGCAAGUCCAGACUGAGGUUCUCAUCCAGUAAAAUUGCUCCCGCAGUAAAUGCGACUGAAGCCCACGGUCAGGUUCUCUACUGUGUCCAAGAAGGCAAUGCGGAGUCAGGGAUCCUGUCCAUGUCUGGGAUGUUAUCCUUCAUUGAAAAACAGACAAAGUUACUGGAAAUGGAGCCAGCAGACCUCGCAGAAAAAGAUCCUGAACAAACGUCCAAAACAUGUACAGACAGUUACUUGUCAGAUGCAACCAGGCCAGCCCAAGAUGUCCACAGCAGUGAUCUAGGAACAGAAACAGAGUUAGCCGACACAGCCCUGGAUCUGCUGUUCUUGCUGUUGAUGGAACAGUGGAAAUGGCUGUGCACUGAAAACAUGCAGAAAUUUCUGCGUCUUAUCUUUGGGACCCUGGUUCAGAGGUGGCUGGAGGUGCAGGUGGCUCAUCUGACAAGUCCACAGCGCUGGGUGCAGUACCUCCGGCUUCUUCGGGAGUCCAUCUGGCCUGGUGGAGUUUUGCCUAAGUUUCCUCGGCCUGUAAGGACCCAGGAGCAGAAAGUGGCUACUGAGAAACAGGCUUUACAGAGCCUGGUGGAAGCCCUGCCAGAUUUUGUAGUAGAAAUCCUUGGAGUGAACAGAUGUCAACUGAGCUGGGGUCUAGUCCUGGAGUCGCUACAACAACCCCUUAUCAACAGACAUUUGAUUUUCUGCCUUGGGGACAUCAUCUUGGAAUUCUUGGAUCUCAGUGCCUCUGAUGAGGAGUCUGCUACAACCGCCUCUGCCUCAGAGCCCCUGGGCGACCCUGAGAGGACAGGUGUCUCCCCUUAGCUGGGGUUACUCACGCAUUCUUCCCCGUCCAGAAGAGGAGAGUUAUUUGGCCACCCAGAGACCAGUGAGGAAGCCCGUGCCCUCUAGAACGAGGCUGUGUCUGAGAAGGCCUAGGGUCUCGGCAGCUCAGUUCUCCCCUCCGGUUCUACUCCGUUUGUAGCAGGUGGUGAGGGGAUCUUUAUCCCAGUCGCAUGCCUUUUCCAUGUCUGAUUUGUGGGGCUUGGAUUGUUGGUCCUGUUUCCUUUGGAAAAGGCAGCUGUGAGGUAAAAGAAUGAUCCCCUUUUCCUUCUCCUUUUACCCUUCUCUCUAAUACUAUUUGCCAAAGCCAGGCCCUGGGCACACAUGUGCUUAAUCCACCAACACACAAGCUCUGGAUAGAACAGGAAACCUAUAGCCAGAUUUCCUUGGAGGGGAAAACAGUCUUCUGAGCUCUGUUUCCACCUGGAAACUAAAAUCAUUCAAGGCCAUUGCUGAAAGUCAGACCCCCAUGUCCUAUGUAGUUUCCCAAGAAUUCCAGGACAAGAAGGAAGGGGAAGAUUUCUUUAGGGACUUCUUGCUCAUUGGCUAUUUUCCAACACAUCGGCCUUAGGGAGGAUGUCAUGAAGGCUGCUUCCCUGGGUGGCUACACUUUUCCUGUCCAGAAGACUUCAAAACAUACUGCCAAAGCUUUUGGUAAAUGCACCCCACCCUUCACACUCUUUCCUGAAGGGAGUUGCACCACAGACUUUAUUUAUUAGCUUUCUUCCCACCCGCUGCACAAGAGCAGUAUGAGUUUUUGUAUUAGUGGUCGUCCCUCUGUCUUCAGCAAAACCACAUGGCAAGUUACGUGUGCAGCCUGAGUUUCCAGAGAGAAGGGGAAACACUUGCCCCAGGGCUGAGCGUGCCCAAAGACUGGAAGCCCAGGUGAUGGACGGGUCUCUGUGCACAAGUCUCAGGUUUACUCUGAACAGGUAAUACUAGCAAACUUGCCAGGAAUCACCUUUUAUUUCCUAUUCUUUAAGGCUCUAAUCUGUCUUAAAGAACAGUGAUGAAGGAAAGUUGCUCUGUCAGGAUGCAGUGUCUGCUAGAAAGGCAGAACCUUUAGAAGGCAGAAAAGGAGGCAGAUGGAAAGUCCCAAGGAAAAUCCUGCAGAGACCAGCUGGCACCGAGGUUUCUCAGAGUCUCCAGAGCCCACAGCUGCCUGUUGGCACCUUGCUGCCACUGAGUCCUGAGACCCUCCCAGGGGGAGGAAGACCUGAGAGUCAGACUGAAGGAGUGCUGGGGGGUGCAGAGCAAGUGUCAGGGUCCUUGGACCCUGAACUAGGCGAUGAGUACACAAUUAAAGUCGUUUGUGGAAGAAACUUGUCGAAUCGUUUAACUUUUUUGCCCUUCUAACAGCUUUCAAGCAUAAAUUGUGUUCUGAUGUCCUUGGGAGGUGUAGGUAUGCUAGACUCAUCAGAAGGCAAGAAGGUGAACGAAGUAAUGUCCCAUGGCCUGUUCCAGCCUAAGUUCAUUAUUUCAGUGACGUUAUAGUUCUGGAGUUCUCAAAGCAUCUCCCAUCCUAGAUUUUCCCAGGCAGAGCUCAGCAUCUGGGUCUUCAGCGAGUCCUGCGGGGCGCAGCUGGGCAGGUCUGAGUGGGCCCGUCAGCUCUGUAGGUGAGUGGAGACACUGCUCAGGGCAGGGGAGGUGCACCCAUUUGCUGCCACCUUCUCUCUGCGUUCUCUCCCCCCGCCUGUGCUUAACCACCUCGUAGUUUUGAAUCUGCUGCCAUUUCUGGCUCACCUGGCUCAAAAUCAUUAAGUUGACAACCCAGCAACAUUGCAAAAUAUCUGUGGCCAUACAGUCUAAGGAAUCCUUUGACACCUCAGUCCAGCGAACUUGCUUGUAUUUCAUGUUACGUAAGAUCCCCCCCGCUUCUAUUCCACCUGUCCCUGAAAAAUAAGCUGCACUCAGAGCCUCCUUCUACCCAGGAGGGAAGUAAUGAAUAUCACCACGGAAAUAAUCAAAACAUAUCUGGCUUUUAAAAUGGCCUGCCAAGUUUGGAUAGUGGGUUCAGACAAGAGAGUAGCAUUUGGGAGAGAGCCGGGGGCGUCCAGAGAAGAUACUCCCAGCAGAGAGCAAACUGGGCCUUCCAUUGUCCAGAGCUCUUUGUUUUGUAUUUACUUGGGACUAAAUUUUAUUCAUUUAAGUCAAAAUGUUAGUAUUUGAGAUAAGACUAAACCCCUUUCUCUUGUUCUGUCAGAUUCUAAAUAUGACCCUGCCAUUGGGUAUAUGAAUUUAAGUGAGCUGCACUUACUCAUCAAUGAGCAAGUCACAUUUUCACUUUCCCAUUUGUGAAUUAGGCUUAAUUAACAAAACCUAAAAGGAAAAUAUAUUCCUAAAUCUGAGCAUAGGAGUAUGUAGACAUGUUUAAGUUAAUACAGGCCACUCCAGCUCCCACUGUUCGUUGUACCAUUUUACAUUCCCACCAGCAGUGCACAAGGUCCAAUUUCUCUGCAACCCUCGAGAACCAAGUGUUGUGUUACAUUUUGCUAUUUUUUGUUUUUCUUUUUUAUAAUGGAUAUCUUAAUGGGUGUGAGACGAUUGGUACCUGUGGUUUUGAUUAUAACCCAGAACAUUCUUGAGGCUUCUUUGCCCUGUCUCACCUAUUCAUUUUCAACAUCUCCUCCCCCUUCAUUCAUAGCACCCAACAACUAUUGCUAGGUCCUAGAUGGAGUAAAAAUGUGUGUAAAUAUGGCCCUUAACUAUAUGAGUUAUGAUACUUUGGACAGGAAUUUAACUACUAGGAAAAUUUUUUUUUUUCGUAACAUUGGUACAUGACUGGGUAAACCCCAGGAUUCAGUGAUCCAGGACCUCACGGGGGCCUGGAUUCUCUGCCCUUUCCUGCUGUGUCAGUCUA